CAUUACUCCCACCAGGAACGGAAGAUUACGACGCCAUAUUUUCAACUAGUGAUAAAUUCCAAAUAUUUUCCGCUACAUAACCAUUUUUGUGUGAGCUUUUGAGAAUAUUCAGGAUAUAUACCAUCUAGGUAUUUGUUUUAUUAACAAUCACAAUUUAAAUUUACGGUAAUGAUGUUAUCAGAAAUAUGAGUAAUAGAUCACCACAAUAGGUUAUUAGUGCAUAGCGACUAAUAUUUUCCUCAAUAAUUUGUGUCUUUUUUCAUUAAGCAAAAUGCCGAUAAGGCGAACGAUCAAAAACGUAGUAAAAAACUAUUCGGACGCUCAAGUUAAAGUUAGAGAAGCUACUAGUAAUGACCCGUGGAAUCCUUCUUCUACACUGAUGGCUGGGAUUGCCGAUUUAACCUAUAAUGUUGUAGCAUUUACGGAAAUUAUGCAGAUUAUUUGGAAGCGUUUAAAUGAUCAUGGCAAAAACUGGAGGCAUGUUUAUAAAUCUCUUGUUCUCUUGGAUUACAUAGUAAAAACUGGUAGUGAAAAAGUAGCCCAACAGUGUCGAGAAAAUAUCUAUGUUAUUCAAACUUUAAAAGACUUUCAGUACAUGGAUGAUAACAGGGACCAAGGAGCUAGUGUGCGGGAAAAAGCAAAGCAAUUGGUGGCUUUAUUAAAGGACGAAGAAAGAUUGAAAAAUGAAAGAGCUAAAGCCUUGAAGGCCAAAGAACGAUUCGCACAGAGUGCCAUGGGAUACGGCAGUAAUACAACCAGCCCGACUGUAAUGCACACCUCGUCGAGUUACGGCGAGACAUUCUCCCCACGUCCGAAUGUUGCUGCAAGUGAAUUGGAUGCUGCUCGACCAUCAAAUUCAAACGAAGAAGAGCUCCAGCUUCAACUCGCAUUAGCAAUGAGUAAGGAAGAAGCCGAAGAAGAUGAGAGAAAGAGAAGAGGCGAUGACAUGAAACUGCAUAUGGCAAUAGAAGAGAGCAAAAAGGAACAGGAAUCUGAUCAAGAACAGAACGACCUUGUGGGCUUAAGUUUACAACAAGCGACAGCAACAAAUGACGACGACAGUGUUUUAUCACCACAAUUCAGAGCUUAUCUUCAAAACCCCGAACUAGAGAAGGGUGCUGCAGUACCCGCUAACGAUCCAUGGGCAUCAGGAAGUAAACCUACCAAUGGAAAUAAGGAUGAUCCUUGGGGUUCCAGUUCUGCUACUUCAGAUCCAUGGGGUGCUCCGCAGCAGCAACAAACCGAUCCAUGGAGUUCAUCUAAAUCUCCAGAGAAGACCGGAUCAAAUGACCCUUGGGGAGCUCCAAGUCAAAAAGAAUCUCCCUGGGAAGAUUAUAGUAAUUUAAAUAAGCCAGGAGCGGCCAAUCCAUUAGAUGACUUCGAUCUCAUAGGAAACAGAUCGAACACCACAACCACCACCUCGGUAAAUAUAGAUAAUAACACAGCGGACGCCUUUAACUUGACCUCUCUUGAAACAAAUCUGCCAUCGAAAAAGACACCAGAAAAUUUUCUCGGUGAACAUAGCAAAUUGGUGAACAUGGACAAUUUAGUUAGCCGACCAACCCCAAGUCCUGUCAAUACGAAUCCAUUUGCAGCUUUAGCGAGUGGAGUGCCUCCUACUACAAACAAUCCAGCAGCAAGAAAUCCAUUUGCCCAACAGCAGGCAGUACCUCGAAUUCCAAUGAAUCAAAUGGCCAGAAAUUCACCGACUUUUCAAUUCGGAAAUGAACAACAAAUGCCGGCCCCUUUGGUACCGUUAGGUGGAGCUGGCGGGGCAGCUGCUAAUACCAACCCUUUCUUAUGA